ACUACCUUGAAUUUCCUACUUUUUCUGAGUUUUCCAAGCUGGUGGCAAUGGCAAAUUAUUUUGGAGUUACCUCAACAGUGUCCUUCAUCUGGGUUAUGACAUUCCUGGCUCAAAAUUACUUUGUAACAGGUUCCAUUAAUUCACCUUGCAGGAUCAAGGGUAUAGGAAUUUAUCUUGAUCAGAAAGCGAAUUUCUCAGAAGCAAGUAAUGGAUGUAAUCAAUUCAACCUAGAGUUGGCAAGUAAAAUACAAGUUGAAGAGGCUUUGAAACAUGGCUUUGAAACAUGCAACUAUGGAUGGGUGAAAGAUGGAUUUGCUGUUAUUCCUCGGAUAACAUCCAACCAGAAAUGUGGUCAGGGAAAAACUGGAAUAGCACAAUGGAAUGCUGGCAAGGAUAAAAAAUUUCAUAUCUACUGCUUCAAUUCCUCAGAUGUCCGGAUUAAUUCCUGUCAACCAGACCCAGCUACAACCACACUUCCUUUAUCAACUGCAUCAAGAGACUUAGCUUCAUAUUCAGCCUCUGAUUUGACUGAGAACAUCACAGCAGUGUCUGCUGUGACUGAGACUGAGUCAGAACAGCUCCCGAGAAAGAGAUUUCGUGUGGUGUGCGUGACUGAAACACUCUCACCAACAGAGGGGCCCACCACCACCCCAGUGCCAGAGGAGCACUCGGCCACUGACUCUCCCAAGCACACUCCCCACCUGGCCUUUAAGAAUGAUGCUGUUGUUUUUGGAGGUAUCCCCACUGCACUUCUUGUACUGGCAAUCAUCUUCUUCAUUAUUUCUGUUGUUCUAGCCGUCUGUUAUAUCAAAAAGUACAAGAAAACCUUACCAUUUUUAAACAAGAAUCAGCAAAAAGAAACAGUUGUAACUACUGCUCUCAAAGAGACAAAAUCAAAUGACCAAACACCUGAGAAGGAAACACAGAAUAAUGGAAAUAAGGUAGAAGAGUGUAAAACUAAGCCUGAGCCAACAGUAAAAUGUCUAGAAGCAGAAGUUUAAAGGAAAGAAUGUACAGUUCUUGAUGGAAGUAUAAAAUAAAGCACACAGAGCUUAGUAGUGGUUUUAAACAUAAGUGAUUUGUAAAUACUUUUAUUUUCUCUACCUUUAACAUAUGAAACCUUGGUUUUUUAAUAAUUACUUCUUUGGCAACAAAUAUUCUUGCAGAAGAAUAUGAUAUCCUAUUUACUUGAAAUAAAUUCUACAAAUCCAUAUUACAGCUCAUCUUUCAUCUUUAAUAAAGAAGCAAUUUGGAAUAUGCUAUUAACAACAUGCACUACAUUAACUAUUUGCAUGGAAUUUAGAUCAGUAUAUAAUGAAAAGGUUUUUAUAUCUUGCUGGAGGAUGUCUGCUAGCCUAAUGCCUAAAAUAAAAACUGGCACUGUAGUUCUUCCUCAUGUAGAUUAGCUUAUUUCCAUUCAGUAGUUGCAUGCUGCUUUAAAAAAUGUCUGUUUACAAACAGAAGAAACAGUUCUGUUUACAAGAGAGUGAAAACUCAAAGGAUUAACCCACUGUCAUUCAAAUGCCCAAAGCAGGGUACAAAAAUGCUGAGAUGUGUGUGUGUAUAUACACAGCAAUGAAUAACUUACUUUGAUACAUUCAUUGUAUCAUAAUUUACUGUUUUAUUUAUUGAAACCAUUAUCAUUCUUCUGCAUGAGAUAUUUGACAGAGUGGGACAAAAAAAAUCCUUGAACAAGACUUAUACUGGAGAUCUUCUGUGUGCAUUUAAGUGUGGCUUUCAUAAUAAAGGUGAUAUGGGAUGUCUGUGGUGCUCCCUAAAAAAUAAACUGUGGUGAAUAUA